AUGACCGGACGAAGUGAGCAGUCUUUGUUUUUCGUCACUGUACCAGACCUGAGGAGGCUAUGUGGUGUAUUUCUGUCCUGUCAGAGUGCCUUUGAUGGAGACGAAGGAUACCUAAGAAACAUGCAAGUGAAAACGUGCAGGUGAGGCCUCCAGCUUCACACCAAGUAUGCACUUGAAAUUAUUGCAUCACCCUUUGUUGGCUCUCGAGGGGGGAUCAUUGUUGUAAUGGCUAUAACAUUUUUCAAGAGAGGCAUGAUACAGGCAUAUGUGCAGAGCCACAGUCUGCAGUUAAGUCCUCCGCAGAGGGUUCUGCCUAGCACAGUGCAGAUGUGUCUGUCUUACUCCAUCACUGCUAGGCUGGCCCCCAACUGGAACAGAGCAGGCCAGUACCUGAUUGCAGGAAAGGACUUCCUGUCUGAGGCUGGAAAACUGAUAGCUGUUGUCUUGGAGCUGAGUGCAAAUGAGACUCAGCUGUGUGUUAGUGUGGAAGUCAGCACUGUAAGGCUUCCCCCUGCUGUGCUGGAAGACUUUGAUGUCCCUCCUCUUGUGGUGAAAAAGUUUCUCAGCAACAAAGAGGCAGUUCUCCACAACACAGUGCAAAAUAACUGGUGCUAUAUUCUCCCAAGCAUGAAGAGGGGUCAGAUCAUUAGCAUCAGUCGAAAGAUGCCUCAAGAGUGUCCAUUUAGAUCUUACACUGAGCUUCAAAAUCACUGGAUGACCAUGUAUGGGUAUCAUUUGCCCUUGCUGAAUGAAGAUGAGGUGGUGUACUGCAGUGUGUAUUUCAAACUGCUUGGUGAGAAGCUUUUCACAUAUCCCUUGAGUUGUAUCCGCACACAGCCAGUGCAAUGCUUUCCGCGAGUGGACCUGCAGGGGGCACUUGGAUCCUUUAUGUCAGACCUGCGAUGCCAGUUUGAGAAUAUUUGUGGCUUCCCUGCACAAAUGACCAGCAAACCUUGCUACCAUACUAUCAAACUGACCAUAGCUCCCUCUCAGGGCUUUGGUGCUCUGCCUGCUAACUUGACAUCCAAAAUCACCAGCAGGCUUGUACUGUCCCAACUCCCAGGAGGCUGCCCCCUGGGCAUGGUGCAUCAUUCUCAACUGCCACUUAGUCAGCCAGGAGGUCUGAGCAGCCUCAGCCAGACAAUCCCAACCAGAAGACAGGGGUACGUUCAAAUCCCCAGCCCCAAUUUAGAGUUCUCUCACCAGCAUGGCAUAGACACACGCCAGCUGCCUUCAGCAGGCGCCUCACUCAUGCCGUGCUCCUCUCCUGCUGCUCUCACCUCCAUCAACCCUUCACAAGGCUUGAGCCAGCCUACUCCUUCUGUACCCAAACUGGUGCCCAUCUUCAAAAACAAAUCUCUCAGUCGCCAUGUUAAUGUCACUAAGAUCCUGGCAGAGAAACAGCAGAAGAAAGGAAACAUGCAGGGCCAGCAUGCAUCCAGACCAGGGGUUAAAAGACCUUCCUCCUUUUCUACUUCUUCAUCCUCCUCUGCUCCAGCCACCAAUCCACCACCAUUCAGUGGGUCAGGUCUCGACAGGGUGUCUCUGCCCUUCGUUAAGGGCCAUAAGGGAGACAGUGGUGUCGGGAUAUCAUUUCCACAGCAGCCACUCUCUCAAACUCUACCACAGGCUAUGCCUGAGAUCCCCAGCAACAGGGGGGGAGACGUGUUCAUAUCACACCCAAAGAGGCCCAAAGUCACCAUACAGGAUGUGGAUGUAAUAAAGUAUGCAAAAAGCAACCAGCUGGCUAAGAUCAACGUGGCUACUCUGCAGGCCUGGCUGAGAGGUCAAGGGGUUACUGUGCGCUCAAAGGACAAGAAGGAGGAUUUAAUGUCAAAGGUUAUGCAGUGCUUGUGUGAACCAUGAGGCAGUACAGCUGCAGUUCAGACAGGAUUCCUCAAUCAGAAUUUAUCACAGUUUUGUCAUAAAGACUCAAGCGGGAACAAAGGCUCUUGUUAAAGUGCCUGGAGGACAAUGUGUCGACCCAGCUGGAACUUCCUGCUCUUUCAGGCUGUUGGUUCUUCAAAACACCCUGCAUUUAAAAGGCAGUUGCCACAGGGCAAGAAUACACAUUCCACAAUCGGAAACGUGCUGAGUCAUGCUCCAGGUUUACAAUUCUGGCCUGCAGGUUAGCCACUGUUUAACUGCCCUUUGACCUGGCAGACAUUGGUUGAAAAUGUCCCACCAAUUUUGGGAUAAUGGAUGUUGCAAGUGUUAAUGGUUCGGUUUAUGAUGGUUAUAAAGAAUAAUGAGAUGUAGUCCUGGAGGAAGGUGCAUGUAGUCCAUUUCUAUCCUGAGAGAACCUAUUGCCAGCAAAACAGCAUCUUGCAUCUAGAGUGAAUUUUUGAAACAUAAAAAGUUUAGUGUGGAGAAUGUUGGAGAUUCUCACUGGUGUUGGUAGUUCAACUUUAAAUAAGAAAUUAAAUUAAUAAUUUUUUUUCCAUAAAAUAUAAUUUGUUAAAGCUCAUGCUUGAUUGACAUUCUUGUGAAGAAGGUGGGUUGAAUUGGUCUGUUUACUGCUCUCUUUAACUAUUUUAUAAACUAAGGCAACUGAAAUGAAUAACCUCUGUUAACAGCAUUUUAAUUUUAUACUAGACAUACUUAAAUAAGACUAUGGUCUGUUCUCCUGCUAUGGCUUAAGCCUUGGCCACAUAUGUCCAAAAUGGAGCACCC